AUUCCGAGGUGUCCCUGAAUGCGACGCAGCGAUAAACAGACUACACCGUGCACACCGUUGAGGUUAUCAGCGUUACGAUAGCGUUAGCUGAACGAACAUCUGUUUAAAGGAACAGUUGUGUAGUUUGCUGUGUAUGCUGUGUCUUUAAAGGCCAAAGGACAACCAGUCACUCACUCUGACGGACACAGUAUCACCAUGGUGUCAUACAAGCGGCUGAACCCUGAAGAUGUCCAGUUUUCCAGUGGAGUUUUGUCAGAGCUUCGUCCUGUUCAAGAAGAAGUUGCAGUGCCAGAACCAGAGGAGGCCUCUUUACUUCCACGUCGGCCACCAUGCUCCAUCACCACAGGUCUCCUGGUGAUCGGCUGCCUGCUGCUGCUCCUCUGUGGAGGUUGGCUCCUGGGCACCAUGUUCUGGCUGCAUGGUUCCUCCAACCAGCAACCACACAAACCGCCGCCACCAGCCUCGGGACAACCGCCGGACUCUAAAGUACGAACAAGAGUAGAUGACGCUGCAGCUGCUUCCCGCCGCGAUGCUUGCAGCCUAACUCCCGCUGAAUGGAGGUUUGAUUGUUACCCUGAAAGAGGUGUGGUGGUGACCCGAGAGUUGUGCGAGGCGAGGAACUGCUGCUUUAUCCCUGUAUCCCCUCCUUCCUCAUCUGCCACCCGCCCAUCAGGGAAAAAUGGUGUUCCUUGGUGUUUCUACUCUCAGGAUUUCCCUUCGUACUCACUUGUGUCUCUAAAGGACACGGUGUUGGGACAGAAAGGUAAACUUGUAAAGGAUGUGAAGACAUAUUACCCUGGCGACAUCCUCACUGUGGAGGCGGAGAUCCGUUAUGAGACAGAUACACGACUGCGAGUCCGGAUAACUGACCCUUCAAGUUCACGAUUUGAGGUUCCGAUCUCUGUCCCCACCGCCACCAAGAAGGCAGAAAACCCUGAUUAUGUCGUAGAGAUUUCAAAGCAGCCGUUUAGUCUCGUUGUGAAGAGGAAAUCUACAGGAGCAGUGCUCCUGAACACCGCUGUAGCUCCUCUCUUCUAUGCGGAUCAGUUCCUCCAGUUCUCCACCUCCCUACCCAGUGAGUUCAUUUACGGCCUGGGGGAACACCGCUCCACCUUCCUGCAUGACUUCAACUGGAACACACUCACCAUGUGGGCCAGAGACGUGCCCCCCAUGGAAAAGACAAACCUGUAUGGGGUCCAUCCAUUUUACCUGGCGAUGGAGGACGGAGGGAAUGCACACGGCUUCUUCCUGUUGAACAGCAAUGCUAUGGAUGUGGUCCUGCAGCCCUCUCCAGCUCUCACGUGGCGUACAAUUGGAGGAAUCCUUGAUUUUUAUGUCUUCCUUGGUCCCAGUCCUGGUUCAGUGAUUGAACAGUAUUUGGAAGUUAUCGGACACCCAGCGAUGCCCAUCUACUGGGCUUUAGGAUACCAUCUCUGUCGCUGGGGUUACAGCACUAGUAAUAAUACCUGGGAGGUUGUCAAGAGUUUGAGGAAUUAUGGGAUACCUCAGGAUGUCCAGUGGAAUGACAUUGACUACAUGGACAAAAGUAUGGACUUCACUUAUGAUUCAACCAAGUUUGACACACUACCUGACCUGGUCAAGGACCUGCAUGCUCAUGACCAGCGCUACGUCAUAAUGAUGGACCCAGCUAUCAGCAGCACACAGCCUGAGGGCUCAUACUGGCCAUUCGAUGAAGGACUGAAGAGAGGAGUUUUUAUUAAAGAUGCUGAAGGGAAAACACUGAUUGGGAAGGUGUGGCCUGGUCUGACAGCAUACCCUGAUUUCUCUGAUGAAGUGACUCAUGAAUGGUGGUACGACAACCUACAGAAGUUCCAUGAGAAGGUGCCAUUUGAUGGAUUGUGGAUUGAUAUGAAUGAGCCCUCAAACUUCCUGGAUGGAUCGACCAAUGGCUGUCCAUCAAACAGUCUUGAAAAUCCUCCUUACACUCCAGGCGUACUGGGAGGUUUGCUGAGAGCCAAAACUGUGUGUGCCACUGCACAGCAGAAGAUGUCCAUACAUUACAAUAUGCACAGUCUCUAUGGACUCAUGGAAGCUAAAGCCUCUGCAAGUGCUCUGAAGCGAAUUGUGCCAAAGAGACCUUUUGUGAUCUCUCGCUCCACCUUCCCCAGUCAGGGGAUGUACUCUGGUCACUGGUUGGGAGACAACAGGAGCCUGUGGAAAGACCUUUACACUUCUAUAUCAGGUAUACUGACCUUUAACCUUCUGGGCAUGCCGCUGGUGGGAGCAGAUAUCUGUGGCUUCAGUGAGGAGCCGGAGGAGGAACUGUGUGUCCGCUGGACCCAGCUGGGAGCUUUUUAUCCCUUCACACGGAACCACAAUGCCAUCGACAUGAAGCCUCAAGACCCGACAGCUUUCAGCCCUCUGGCUCGUACAGCAAUGAAACAGGCUCUGCUGCUGCGUUAUUCUCUCUUCCCUGUCCUCUACACGCUCUUUCAUCACGCACAUGUACAUGGACACACUGUUGCACGACCGCUUAUGUUUGAGUUCACAAGUGAUGUAAAAACCUAUGGAAUUGACAAACAGUUCCUGUGGGGGAAGAGUUUAUUAGUGACGCCAGUGUUGGAUCCUGGAGUCGAUUAUGUGGUUGGUUAUUUCCCAGAGGGUCUGUGGUAUGACUACUACACGGGAAUCUCUAUGCGCAGUAAGGGCGAAGAGCUUAAACUCCACGCACCUCUAGAUAAGAUCAACCUGCAUUUGCGUGAGGGCUUUGUCAUACCGAUACAGACACCCAACCUGACCCUGUGGGUAAGCAGCGGUCAGCCUCUCCAUCUGGUUUCAGCUCUUUCUGAUGAUGGUUCAGCCAGUGGAGAUCUGUUCUGGGAUGACGGCGAGAGCAUCGACACCUAUGAGACCGACCAGUACGCCUACAUCAUCUUCAAUGUCACCCAGAAGGUGAUGACAUCCCAGGUGCUCCAUAAUAACGUGGAGGCGACAUACAUCACUGUGGAGUCGGCAUCUUUCUACGGUGUAAAGGAGAAGCCUAACAAAGUGCUGGUGAACUCCCAAGAUGCACCUUUCACCUACAGAGAGAACCAGCAGGUGUUAGUAGUUACAGAACUGGGUCUCAACCUCAGUCAGAACUUCACCAUCAGCUGGAUGUAAAGAAUUCAAUCAUUAGCUUCCUUCCUGUUGAAGUCACAAGCUGAUCUGCAAGUAAUCUGUGAGUUUUAGGACAGUGAUGUUUUUCAUUGUUUUGGCUCUUUACUCUAGAACACUGGAUGUCAAAGGAGAUGUCAGGUAAAUGUCAAACUUCAGCGUUGAAUUUUAUCUGUAAAGAGAUGCAUUUCACUUCACUUUCUGAUUUAUUGUGUCCCUGUAGGACACCUGUACAUCCCUGCAGCAAACUGAGAAGGCAUACCUCCUCAGGUUCAGAUAUUUAAAGCAUGUUCAAUCUCUUGAAUGUAGUUCACAACCAUUUGGGUGAACAUUUUCACACUUUUCCACAGAUAGUUGGUGACGUGGCUGCAGACGCUCUUCCAUAAAAGCUCACAGUCUUUGUUUCAUUUCAUACGUGCUGAUUUUGGAGUACAGAGCCGACAAACUGUCCAUUUCUUAGCAGUGACAGUGAAGGUAUUCAGGAACAAUAGAGGUCAGGAGUGUGUGUUAAUAUAGACAUCAUCCUAAAAAGACUUUGCACGCUUCAAAGAGACAAAAACACCAUGGUGUGCAGAACAAACAUGCAUUCAAAGUUCUUGUGGACACGAUAUCACUGACCCGCUGUAGUUCCGAUACUGCUUUAAUGUGUGAAUUUUUAAGAACUGUUGCUGAAUUUUCACCUGUUUGAACCAAAAAGCUUGGCCUCCAAUCUUUAGUUUUAUCUUUAGCUUAGUUUGAUCUAUACUGCAGUUUUGAAGAUUCUCAUCAGCAGACAGAUGAUGUGCAAUAAAUUAGCAAGAGAAUCAUCUACCUUCCUAAAAGUGAGUGUGAAUAUAGCUCAUGAUGUAAUAUACUGUAUGUGCUUGAAAGCCGUUUACUGCCUAUUUUGCACUAAUUAGUACGCAGUAUGUUGAAGGUAGAAAUAGGUGCCUUAUGAUUCCCUUUCAUGUGUGUUUUUGAGCAAUUUUUCCAGAGGCUUCUUUGUUUAACUUUAUAUUGCGAGUGUGUUUUCAGCUCUGCAGACCAUAGUACUAUUGCACAUGGAGAUUACUUUAAGUAUGGAGUCUGUGAUUCUGGAGAAAGAUUGUUGAUGCUUAGUUGGCAAUAUUUAGAUAGGCACGUGCCAGAUUUACUGUCCUGCUUGCUUCCACUGCCUUCUUUCCUGCUGCCCUGUGCCUGAGUGCGAACAUGCACAGAACACACCGGAGUAAUGUUUGGAUCAAUCUGAGCCACUUUGUUCCACAUUUACAAAGCCAGGGCUGUCGGUAAACAACUUUUUUUUUCAGUGCACACAAAGAACAUACAGCUCCUGAAUUUACUAAACUAGAGAUGUACUGAAUUAGACUCACUUACUACACCUGUAGCACAAAACUAUACUAGAUCCAAAUAUCAUUUUACUGUGACUUUGCUCAGCAUGGCCUUUCUGGCAGAGCAGAGCUGAAGCUAAAUACAUUUCUUCAGCUGCAAGAGAUUUCAAAAUCAGCAAAUCAUCAUUCUGCCUCCUUUUGACCUUUAUGCUGUGAAAAUCUAGCCUGAAUUAUAUUUUCAUGGAAUAUCAGCUGUGAAUAGUCUGCACCUGGUAAAGAAAUAGAUGCAUGCGUGCUGGAAAAUAAGUACACUAAAUCCCAAAACUUUCCCAUUCUUUCACUUUUAUUUCAAGCAUGUAAAGACAGUCUUUGUGUUAUGUGAUUAAAAUUGUGAUGCCAACAUUUUGCAGUAUUUUACCAUGAAGCCUUGUGGUUUACUCUUUGUAAGUGGUUAUGUUUAAUUACAUGAACAACAUUAAAACUAUUGGAAUUAA